GCACUCCUCCGCAGGUUGUGCAACCCAUCGCAUUGUUUUCAUGUGUCACUUUUUGUCAACAGACUCGCCCCCCAAAAAUUAAUCAUCAAUUAAUAAAAAACCCGCGCACGUCCUCAUCAUUAUUCCGACCGUGCGACGAGUGAUUAAGUUUUUACGUUAUUUCCAGCAGAAAUAGCCGCCGAAAAUGGCACCGAACGCAUCGACGACUUGAAAACAUAUUGGACAAACCAUGCGAGUGACACAAAACUAGCGUCGAUGUGAGUUUCUCGACGAAAUGGCAUCCGCAUUCAACGCCGACACCAUCUCGGAAUGUAGCGAGGCGAGUACUUUGAUCGACGGAAGUGUCAUUUCGACAGUACCUGACCGACAUGGGUUCCUGGGGGGCGCGCAGUACUCGCCCGAGCCACGGCAGGGGCCCCCGCCGGAAAUCGUCCUGCGGAGGGAGAGGAAGUGGCUGAAGAUGUUGUCUCAGUGGAAUUUUUACAUGGACAGGAAUUACAGGAAGAUCAAGGAACGGUGCCGAAAAGGUAUACCAAUGUCGAUACGCCCUCGAGCCUGGCUUUACCUCUGCGGCGGCAAACUCCUCAUGGACAAAAACCAGAACCUCUACGACGACUGCUUGCGCGCCGACGGCGACCCCAAGUGCAUCGAAGAAAUAAAAAAAGACAUCCACCGCCAAUUCCCCACCCACGAAAUGUUCAGCUCCGAGGACAAGCCCGGCCAGACCGAGCUCUUCAACGUCCUCAAGGCUUACACCAUCCAGAACCCCAAAAUCGGCUAUUGCCAAGCUCAAGCCCCCGUAGCAGCUUUCCUCCUCAUGCACAUGCCAGCGGUCCAGGCCUUCUGGUGUCUCGUCAGUAUUUCCGAUCGUUACCUCGAAGAUUAUUACUCGCCCAGCAUGGAAGUGGUGCAAAGAGACGGCUUAAUCCUGCAGGGUUUGCUCAAGAAAGUGUGUCCGGCAGCGUACAAACACCUGAAAAAAGUCAACGCCGAACCGAUGUUCUACUGCACCGAAUGGUUCUUGUGCGCGUUCACGAGGACGCUGCCUUGGGACUCGCUGUUGCGGAUUUGGGACAUUUUCUUGUGUGAAGGGGUGAAGAUUUUGUUCAAGACGGCGUUGGUGAUUCUGAUCAGUUGUUUAGGCACGGCGAAGAGCCGGAAGCAGUGCCCGGGGUUGUGCGAGACGUUGAACAGGUUGAGGAACCCGCCGGAGGAGGUGUUGUCGGAGCAGAAUUUGGUCUACAACAUCUACAGGCUGGAUAUUAGCGAGAAGGAUUUCGAGAUGGAGCACCAGAAACAGACUGUUAAGCUGAAGAACGAGAAGGCGGCGAACGGGCAGCGGUAACACGUUGGGGUGUAAUGAAGAUAUCGAAUAUUAUACUUGUUAUUGUUUUCACAGAUAUUUGCAUUUAUUAGUUGCGUAGUGCUUAGUUGAGACUAAAAGUUCUUCUAUUAUUUAAGAGCACCCGAUAUUUUCUAGUCUGCGGUGCAAAUAUUGAGAGUUUAAGAGUAUGAGUUUCUUUUAUUAAUCAGUUUUGGCUAUGUAGAAUUCUAUUAGCUAAUGUUUUCUAUCAACUGUAUAUAAAAUUACAUAAUUUUUCAAUCCAAAUUAAUAAAUCUCCAGUAUGCUGAA